AUGGGAAACAUAGAGAAAACCAUAUUGGACAGUAUAACGCAAGAUGACCCUUCGUUCACCGGCGAUGGAUACACGUCACUGGCUAUCAUCUACGCGACCCUGGCAAUUUGCAACUGGUUGGCACCAUCAGUCAUCACCAUCACAGGGCCGAGGGGUGCCAUGUUGAUUGGCGGCUUCACUUACUUGUUCUUCAUAGUGACGUUCCUCUUCCCGCGCACGUGGCUUCUGUACGUCGCCAGCGUGCUCAUCGGCGCCGGGGCCGCCGCCAUAUGGACCGGCCAGGGCAACUACCUCACCCUGAACAGCGACGCCGACACCAUCUCGCGGAACUCUGGCAUCUUCUGGGCAAUGCUGCAAUGCAGCUUAUUCUUCGGCAACCUGUUCGUGUUCAUAAAGUUCCAAGGCAAGACCCACAUCGACCUGGAGACGCGGAACGUGGUCUUCGGUGCCCUGACUGCCGUGUGCGCGGUGGGAAUAGUGUUCCUGUUACUCCUGAGGCCCAUCAGGCGGGCGCCCGCAUUAGACGAUGUUAAGGUGAAAUUCCAGGAGACUGACGUCGUGAACCAUGAAAACGACGGCCCACUGGAAGCCUUCAAAGGCGCCCUGAAACUGUUCGCCACUAGGGACAUGAUUUACCUCAGCUGCACCUUCAUUUAUACUGGGGUGGAGCUGUCGUUCUUCAGUGGUGUUUACAGCCCUAGCAUCGGCUUCACUCUAGCAAUGGGGGAGAAUGCUAAGCAACUUGUGGGCUUGUCCGGCGUAUUCAUCGGAAUGGGAGAAGUGCUGGGCGGAGCGCUGUUCGGUAUCCUGGGCUCGAGGACCACCCGCUGGGGCCGCGAUCCGAUCGUGAUAAUGGGCUACAUCAUUCACGUGUGCAGCUUCUUCCUGAUCUUCAUCAACCUGCCCAACGUGGCGCCGUUCGGCGACACCACGGAGACCUCCUACAUGGACCCCUCCCCCUACUUAGCGAUGUUCUGCAGCUUCCUACUCGGUUUCGGCGACGCCUGUUUCAACACCCAGAUAUACUCGAUACUGGGCGGCAACUACUCUGACAACAGCACGUCCGCCUUCGCGCUGUUCAAGUUUACCCAGUCGCUGGCGGCGGCCUCGUGCUUCUUCUACUCGUCGCGGGCGCCGCUCUCGGUGCAGCUGGGCGUGCUGGCGGUGCUCGCUUCCCUGGGCACGGCCGCCUUCUGCCGCGUCGAGUGGGCGGGGCGGGCGAGGGCGCGCGCCGCCGCACUCGACGCGAUCGACGACAAGCCCACCCCGGCGACGCACCUCGCCGACAACGCGCUGCACUACGAC